UUAAAUAUUUAAAAAUAAAAAUUACCAUGAUGCUUCGUGAAUGUGUAGCAACUUUCAUUUUCUUAAUAAUCAGUGGUCAUUUUAUGAAUUCUUGCAGUAGGAAAAUAACUGAAAAAGACAUGGACUUCGAGAAGGACAUUUCCAAAGAGGCAGAGAUGGAUACCGUCCCAAAGAAACCUCCAAUAGAACCGGAAACUUUUUACGAUUAUUUCAUGUUAACGUUAAAUUGGCCUCAGACCAAUUGUUAUUUGUACCAAAACAAAAAAUUACAUCAGAGAAUGCUAGCAAUUGAGAAAAAUUGCAGCGAAUGCAACAUGCCAUUAGACAGAUACAAGUGGACAAUUCACGGCUUGUGGCCAAGUAAUGAUAAACUAAUAUGGACUCCGGAAGCAGAAGGAAAGAUACUUAAUUGCAAGAAGAAAAGAGAUGCUUUCAAUAUAAAUGCUAACACUACAUUAGCAAAUAAUCUAAAUACUCAUCUGAUUACUUUCGGUCGCAGUAAAAAAAAUAUCGCAUUACAUGAGCAUGAGUGGAACAAGCACGGUACCUGUGUGAAGGAUAGAGAAGAUAUGAACAGCCAAGAAAAGUAUUUUGAAAAGACCAUAGAGCUUUUCAAGAAAUACGACCCCAGUCAAUAUCUGAAAGAUAUGGAAAUCAUGCCAGGACAAUCUUACGAAUUUAAAAAGCUACACAACGUUUUGAAAGAAUUUCUGCAUGGGGCUGUUCCAAACAUUACCUGCGUUGAAACGGUAGAAGGUGAUCAAUACCUCCAUGAGAUACGUAUUUGUCUGGACAAAGGAUUGCUUGAACCAAUAAACUGCGAAACUCCUGUCAAUCCAGCUGCCCCAACAUUAGGUGUAUGCGAAGAGAAAUAUCAUGUUAUCUAUCCAGAAAAUAAAAAACCUUGUCCAGGUUUUAUCUCUAUAUCUUAGAAUUUUACUUGAAAACUUUUAGCUGACUUGUAAAAAUAUGUCCCAAAAAAAAUGCUGUCAAUGAAUUUGAUAAUGAAAACCACCUCAAAGCUUCAACAAACAAAAAAUCUUUUUUUCUAGGAGGGAUCCCUAUUUUUAUAGCAGAUUGGAAAGAACUGAAAAUUUUACGUUCGAAUAUGUCUUUCAUUUUUUUUUCAAUGCUAUUUGAAAGGAACAACAAUAACAAAUACAUCCCAAAUAUUAACUUAAGUUUUGCUAAAAAACUCAAACAACAUUUUUCAAUCGUUUCAAUUAUGUUUUUUUCUAAUAUUUUCAAUACAUUUUCUAGAAAUCUGUACUCGAUAAAUCUUACAUGAGAUACAUAAAGAAAAAUUUAAUUAUUUUCCCAAAAUUUGAUCUAAAAUUAAGAAGGAUUUCGAAUGUUGCACAUUUGAAAUGAUCUUGAUAAAUACAAUAUGAGACAUAUUCGAUUAUUUAUUUCUCUUUUUGAAUUUUCAAUAAAAAAUAGGGUUUUCUAUUUGAAAAAUAGUUCUUUGGUUUGCUGAAACUUUGAAAUAAUGUUAAGGUCAAAUUCAAGGUUAUAAUUAGAUUCUUCUUGAAAAAAUGGGGGAUAGUGAUUCUGAUUUUUCUUUCGUGCUCACUCCGCGAGUUGUCGAAGGGUUACCAUAUUUUUAGUGUCACCCUGCUUGAUAUUUUAGGGUAUGAUAAAUAACAAAAAAUAGACUCAAUCGUACUUGUUCGUUUCAGUUCAUUUGUCAAAUAAUUCAUAAUAAGGUAAAUGAGUAAUUAUAGAUGUCAGCAAAGAAUCCUACUAUGCAACGAUAUGAUGAUUCAUAAUUUGUUAAUAAUUUAUAAAUAAAACACAUCUUUGUAAAAUUAGAAAAAUCAGCUACGGACAUAUUGAAACAAUAAAAAAUCAAUGCAAAUAUAGUUUAUUAUCGUUUACAAUUCAAAUUCAAAAAUUAAAUAAUUAUUAUGUGUAAUUACAAUGGUACAUAGUCUUAUAUAAGAAAUAUCUCAUUAGAUGUUAAUAGUCGAUACACGAGCCUACAAAAUCAAUAUAUGGAAGCAGCAACAUAUGUUGAUAUGAAUAUUCAAUGUAAUCAUAGGACUAUUAUAUAUUAAUUGUAUAAACAGUACUUCUUUCGUCCUUUCCCUUAACAUUUAUAGAAAAUUUUUCAAGAUACAGUAGUUUAUUAAAACAAUAACAAUAAAAGUUGUUAUCCGUUCCAAGUAUUUGAUUGCAAAGUCGAGCAAGAACAAAAAUUUUGGUUAUCCAAAAAUAAAACCAUUAAAAUAUAUAUAUUCAAAAACUAUACUUGAUGUAUCCGCGUGAGUUAUAUAUUUUUAUCCAAGUUAUGUUCAAAGGGAAAAAAUAGAAAGUACCAUUUAAACUUUUAACUGAAGUCAAUAAAUGUAUCAUUCAAGUUUUAUAAAAAAAAAAAAAUUUUGCAUUGCAUUGAUAAUUAAUGAAAUUUACAAUAGUGUGACGAAAAAAAUUUCCUCUAUAAUUAAAAGUAGUCUCAGUACAGUCAGAGCUAUUUCCAUCGUGUCACAGCCUCUUUAAACAAAAAAAUCUAACUCUGAAAAUCACGUUUUAUAAAAUAACUAAUAACACAAUCGCAAUAAUUAAUUAAGUUUUUUUUUCGAUGCGUGACCAUAUAAACGUACAGUACCAGAGAUUUCAAAUGUUAAAAAAUUAAUGUGAUCGAAAUUUUUUUCCGCACAAAUUGUUCACAAAAUGUUACGUAAAAGUAAAUGAUGAUUUUUCAAUAAAAUCAUUCUUAUCCAGCAGUUGAAAUUAGAUUGGGAAACCUACGUAUUUACAAGUUUCUAAAAAAUGUUUUCUAAAACCUUAAUUUUAAAUGCAACAAUCGUGCUUUGAUCAACUCGUCGAAUUGCAUAUUAGCACAAUAAUAACAAUUUUACCAUCACGAUGUUUUUCAUAAUAAACGUA